AGGCCACACCAGCAGAUGGCGGUGGUGCAAAAGAAGGGCAGAUGUGUUUCCACCCCAGUCGGUCACUUUACGGCAGUGUUUUUGUUCAGCAGCCGUAAAGCGGGGCGUGCACAACGGAGGAAGGUUAAAACGCCUUGAAGAAAACACGCAUCAUGCCGUUCGUGGAUCUGCAGUCGCGGCUUGGUAUCAACUUGGACCGCUGGCUGCUACUGCAGAGCGGAGAGCAGCCCAACAAGCGGGCGGCACGCUGCCACGCCUUCGAGAAGGAGUGGAUCGAAUGUUCUCAUGGCAUCGGGCAGACCCGUGCCAAGAAGGAGUGCCAGCUGGAGUUUGAGGACUUCUAUGAGUGCAUGCACAGGCAGAAGACGCACGAAAGGCUGCAUGCCAUCCGUCAGCAGCGCGACAAGCUGAUUAAGGAGGGGAAAUACACGCCGCCGAGCCACCACACAGGCAAGGCUGAACAGACUCCAUGAAGGAUCAUCCAGCUGUCCGCAGUUCUGUUCUUGUGUAUAGCCAAUCAGAUAUCUCUUAUUUCCUGUUCACCUGUACAAGUUUGCAAAUAAAUGUUAUCACCCACUGUC